UUAGUGGUGUGUUGACGCCGUUACCACCCUCAGGAUGAACCCCAGUCUUAUCGAGACACGGCGCCAGUGAUGCUGAGAUAAUGAGUUUAUUUUGGUGAAGAUGGGGCGGUGUGCCCCAUGGAGGGUGUGAACUAGAGCCUGGUGGAGGCGGCACGAGGGACCUGGGCUACACCAUACAAGUAUACUGAUCAAUGCCCACGAGACCCUGGAGGGCGCCUACAGGGAUUCUUUCAUGUUACCGGUGAGGGUGGCGGUACUGGGGAGCGGCACCCAGCCUGGGAGUGGACACGCUGCCAUAGCAACCUGUACAACACUCCCCAAUCCACCAGGUUGUUGUUGUUGUCCACUGUGUACCACACGACCCGCUGGCUUGUCCCCGACUUACCUGAGGGCCACUAAUAACCCUCCUGGCCUCGACGAGGACAGGAAGCCUGCGGCCUGUCGAAGGUUUCCCCCACCCUCAUUUGCCUUGAUCUUUUCCAGGUAUACUUUAAAAGGCAAGGUGAAGGGAAAGUCAAAGUCCCGGUCAAGUCGUGCUGGUCUGCAGUUCCCUGUUGGGCGUAUCCAUAGACUUCUUCGCAAGGGCAAUUAUGCUGAACGUGUUGGUGCUGGUGCCCCAGUUUAUUUGGCUGCUGUCAUGGAAUACCUAGCUGCUGAAGUCCUGGAGUUGGCAGGAAAUGCUGCCAGAGACAAUAAGAAGACUCGCAUCAUCCCCCGACACCUCCAGCUUGCCAUUCGUAAUGAUGAAGAACUUAACAAGUUGCUGUCCGGCGUCACCAUUGCUCAGGGAGGUGUGCUGCCAAACAUUCAGGCUGUACUGCUACCAAAGAAGGCAGAAACUAAGGUUGGAAAACUAAAGAGCCAAUCUCAAGAAUACUAAUCAGUAUGGAAGACCAUUCAGAUGGGAGGUUGGCAUGGAUGAGUGAAGUUAAAGAUGUGAAGAUUGUUUAACCAUCUUCCCGACAGCUUUCUUUACAUUUACUGUUUAAUUGUUGUAAACUAAAGAGCAGCUGAUUGUAAAAUAUAAGCCAUUGUAAUUAGGCCUAUAAAGUAGUGUCAUUGUACAGGAAAUCCAUUGUUGGAUAAGCAUGCAUAGGUUUGAAAUUGCUCAAUACUAAAGUCUUGUUUAAUUUUCUAGUUGUAAAGACCCCAUUAAUAUAAGGCAGAUUUAAUGCUAUACCUUUGGAGGUUCUACAAGUAACUAACCAGGGAUAUCUAAUGCUGUUGAACCAGAGCUCUGGCAUUCCUUACAUUUAUUAAUUUCUAGGAGUACAAUUUUUAAUUUAAGGUAAUUUCAUAAAUGUAGUUUUAUUUUACCAUCAGUUGUGAUUUUUUGUAUUAAAUAAAUUAAAUA